AAGCCAAGCUUUUCUUUCCCCCCUCCGCUUGGAGCCCAAGCAACGAACUAACACGGAGGGGGGAGAGAGAAGGAGAGAGAGAGAGACAAUGGCGCUGCUCAGGAGAGGCGUUGGUGUUCUUCACGCGCUAGCCGCCAGAAAACGAACUGAUCCGCUGCGGUUUCGGUCUUUCCUUUUCUCAUCGUCAUCAUCGUCGCCCUCGUCUUUGGCGGUGCCCGGUACGGAUGUUGUAGCAGCCGGAUAUGAUCUCCUGAUAGACGGGUCGCCCGAAGCCGGCGCCGCCGUCUCCGCUACCGCUGCCAUCGGUUCCUCUCUCCUUCAGCCUGGGGUCGUUGUUUAUGACGGCGUCUGUCAUCUAUGCCACAAAGGGGUGAAGUGGGUAAUUAGAGCAGACAAAUAUAGGAAGAUCAAGUUUUGUUGUCUUCAGUCAAAAGUAGCUGAACCUUACAUGAGAUUAUGUGGUGUUGAUCGAGAGGAUGUUCGUCGUCGCUUCUUGUUUAUUGAAGGCCCGGGUCUGUACCACCAAGGCUCCACUGCUGCAUUAAAGGUAUUGUCUCACUUGCCCUUGCCUUACUCCGCAUUGAGCGCUCUACUUAUAGUCCCAAAGCCCCUAAGAGAACCCGUCUACGAUUUCAUUGCCAAGCACCGCUAUGACUGGUUUGGCAAGGAGGAUGACUGUUUGGUUUUGCAAGAGAAAGAGUUACUCGAGCGAUUUGUAGACAGGGAAGAACUGAUGCAUCGGAACUAAUGCUACUGCUGAAUCAGCAACCUCUCGGGCUGAAACCUGAAAAUUUCUUACAAAUGCCCAAAUCUAAAGGUGUAAAUACAUACAAGGUCCGAUAGACUAGUGUGACACAAUUAAGCUGUCACAUCUCAUACAUUUAGUCGGAUUCAAAUAUGAAUUCUAGACAAAUUAUCUGUUGGCAUAUAACCCACAUAGAAGUCUAGAAUUCAUGUAGCCAACCCCACAUAGUGAGUUAACGGCUGGAUAUGUUGUUAUUGUUGUUGAUCUCAUUCAUCAGAUGAUAGGAUAGUCAAGUGGAUUGGCAACACAUGACACAUAGUUAGAUCAUUCUCGAAGGCGAGAAAAUUUUCUGUUUCUUUUUGCCUGACAUUUUGGAGAUUUAGGUCUCAAAGUGGCAAUUACUAUACACCGAGGAGAGGUUUUACUAGGGGUAAAUUUCACUAAAAUCUCGUGGUUUGUGUUGUAAAUUUCACUAAAAUCUCAA